CCUUUGGUUGCUAUGGGAAUGGCGGGAAGCGGUGGUAUUCCUCCCUGCUGCCUGCUUCUCGGGGCUACCGGGGUGGGCAAGACGCUGCUGGUGAAGCGGCUGCAGAAGCUGAGCUCCAAAGAUGGUGCCAAGGACCUUGGAGACCCACCAGCUACUUUGCCAACGGUAGGCACAAAUCUUACUGAUCUCCUAAUAGGAAAGAAGAUCACAAUUCGAGAGCUAGGAGGAUGCAUGGGUCCUAUCUGGUCCAGUUACUAUAGUGACUGCUGUGCUCUCCUGUAUAUGAUUGAUGCUGCCAACCCUACCCAGAUUUCUGCAUCCUGUGUCCAGCUUCUGUCCCUCCUUUCUGCUGAACAGCUAACAUCAGUUCCUGUCCUCCUCAUUUUCAACAAAAUUGACCUACCAUGCUACAUGUCCCUGGUGGAGAUGAAGUCAUUAUUCCGAAUCCAUGAUAUCAUUGCUCAGGCCAAACAGGUUAUCACUGUGGUUGAGAUCAGUGCACGAGACGGCAGGGGCUUAUCUGAUGUAAUGAAGUGGUUUCAAUCCACCCUGCACGAUUGAAGCUGGAAUCUGGAAACGCCAGGAAGCUGAAGUGUUUCCUGAAAGCCGCGUAUCAACAUUGCUAUCACAAACUUUGAUGUAGAAAUAUGUCAUUUAAAUUAUUCAGUGGAUUGCCUCUUAACUGGCAAAUUGGAUUGCUGCUACUGCAUGCAGAUGCAUUGAAAGGGAAUAUUGUAGCUUCUAACGGUAAGCCCAGUAAUGAUAUACAGUAUCAUUUUCUUUAGAUGAAGAUUUGUAGAGUUGAAAUAAUGGCAAGUAAGUAUAAGAUUUUGUAGACAACAUGAAAUUUAAUUUCACUCAUAUGUUUCUGUGCUUUGUAUGAAGUCAGAUUUGAUGGAAGUAUAAAGCAAACAAAAUUCUGUUCUAUAACACACUAGAAAUUCAGAUUGCUCAAGUCUUAAUACCUUAUUCAAGAGUUUGUGUGCAUAGUCUCUUGUGUUUUAGUUGUCAGUAUUUAAUUAUUUUCUACAACAGUGAUCUAACCAAAAAUUCAAACCUACAAAGUAUUAACUUGACGGUGUUUAGCAGAUGGCUUUUGCCAAUGGUGCAAUCUGCUGUUCCAGACCAGUGUGCAGGGGCAACAUUGACCUCAGGGGUGGGUUCCUGCCAGUUCUAACCUCUUCUAUAGAAGAGGUUCCACAAAUCUACAGUGCCAU